AUGUCUAAACCUCUCCAUGUACUCAUCAUAGGCUCUGGUGUAGCUGGUCCCGUCUUGGCGGCUGCACUCCGCAAGACGACGGAUUAUCGUAUCACCAUUGUCGACGCGAACCCAGAGAACACUGCGUCGCCCAUUGGAGGUCCAUACACAUUCUCUCCAAACGGGAUCAACACACUCAAAUUUAUUGGCGCCGAACAUAUCAUUCUGGAGAACGGAUUCCCCUUGGAUGGGCUGUCCCUGAUUCGAGGUGACACAAAUACUCCAUUGGUACAAGAGAAGAUUGCACAUCUCUUCAAGGAGAAGUUUGGCCAUACGACCCAUGGAAUCCAGCGCGCAGUUUUCUGUCAAAAGCUUCAGGAUUUUAUCAAAGACAAGGAUAUCACACGAUACUUCAACAUGCGCCUCGAUAAAAUAGAAGAGUCCGCCGACUCAGUAACUGCUCACUUCCGCAACGGACAAUCGCUCAGCGCCGAUCUCAUUAUUGGGUGUGAUGGACUGAAUUCAGCGACACGUCGAUAUGUGGUGGGAGAAAAAAUCAAGCCUCGUUUUGCUGGAACCGGCAACGUACUGGGCAUCUCGAAACUAACUCCAGAAGAGGACGCCACCUUGUUCCAGGGGAUGAAUAUCGCGCUUGGACCUGAUGCCUUCUUCGGUUGCUUCCCUUGUGGCGAACACACCUGGGGCUGGUUCAAUAUCUUCCUGACCAAGGACCCUGCUACCGAAGAAGUCGAAUGGGAUAAAGACCACCCUUCCCUGGAUGCGCACAAGAAGAUUGUCCAACGCAAGGUCCAAGGCUGGAAGUCAUCCAUUCCGAAUUUAAUCAUCUCCCGAGCCGUGCGCAGUGUUGCGCUAGGUCUCUACGACCGUCCUCCCAUUAAUACAUGGCACAAGGGUCGCGUCGUUCUGUGCGGAGAUGCGGUUCAUCCGACAACACCGACUGGUGGGCAGGGAUCACAAAUGGCAAUGGAAAGCGCAAUUAUCCUUGCACGCCUUCUUGCGGCGAAGGGACCUUCAGAUGCGACAUUUGCCGAGUAUACGGCCCUUCGUCGUUCACGUACAGCUACUGUGACAGAAAACUCCCGCUUCGCAUUGUCCAUGAUGAUUCCGCGUAAUGCCAUCAUACGAACCCUGCGCGAUUGGUUUGCCUGGCUCGUGAUGCCAUCACUUUUACGCAGUGGGAUACGCGGCUCUGGUGUGGCUGGUCCCGUCCUGGCGGCGGCACUCCGCAAGACGACAGAUUAUCGAAUUACGCUCGUCGAUGCUAACCCUGAGCACUCUGAGUCUCCUAUCGGAGGACCAUAUGCAUUCUCUCCAAAUGGGAUCAACGCCCUUCGAUUUAUUGGAGCCGAACAUAUCGUUCUUGACAACGGACACGCUCUCGAAGGGAUGUCUGUGAUCCGGGGUGACACAGACAAUACGUUGAUACGAGAGAAACUUGCAGAUAUUUUCAAAAGCAGAUUCGGUUAUGCGGUUCACGGUAUCCAACGCGCAGUUUUUUGUCAGAAGCUUCAGGAUUUCAUCAAAUACAAGGAUAUUACACGACACUACAACAUGCGACUUGACAGAAUCGAAGAAUCCCCCGACUCGGUAACUGCUCACUUUCGCAACGGAGAAACACUUACUGCCGAUCUUCUCAUUGGAUGUGAUGGAAUACACUCAGUAACGAGAAAAUAUGUUGUGGGAGAAGAUGUCAAACCUCGCUUCGCGGAAACCAGCGACGUACUGGGCAUCUCGAAGCUCAGUCCGGAAGAAGAUGCCACAUUGUUCCAGGGAAUGACCAUCGCACUUGGACCUGGAACCUUCUUUGGAUGCUUCCCAUGUGGUGACCACACUUGGGGUUGGUUCAACAUUUUUCCCAGCAAAGAUCCCGCUGGUGGAGAAGCAGAAUGGAAUAGAGAACACCCUUCAAUGGACGGGCAUAAGAAGCUUGUCCAGCGCAAGCUCCAAGGUUGGAAGAACUCCAUUCCAGACUUGAUCCUCUCCCGAGCUAUACGGACCGUUGCAUUGGGAAUUUACGACCGCCCUCCUUUACCUACCUGGCAUCGUGGGCGAGUUGUUUUGUGCGGAGACGCAGCUCAUCCGACAACACCUAUCGGUGGGCAGGGCUCUCAAAUGGUAAUGGAAAGUGCAGUCAUCCUUGCACGCCUUCUUGCGGCGAAGGGACCUUCACAUGCCACAUUUGCCGAGUAUGCAGCCAUUCGUCGACCACGUACAGACGCUGUGACUACAAACUCGCGUCGUACCCUGUUCAUGAUGAUUUCUGGCAAUGCCUUGAUACAAACUCUGCGCGAUUGGUUCGCCUGGCUCGUGGGGCCAUUCUUUAUACGAAGUGGGAUACGCAAUCAUUAUUCCUACGACGCUGGAAAUGUUGUUCUCGACUAG